CGCUAGUGUCGUAUAGGUGCCCGCAAUGGCAAAUUUCUAAAAUUCGACUUUUUGUCUCUGGAACAGGGGCAUAUAUAAUGUAACGAAUUUACGCCUGUUUCAUCAUCUGCGAGGUAACAAAAAAUCGUUUUUCUCAUGAACUAGAAGAUUUAACUGGUCUAAAAUUUAUAUCUAACAUCAACUUGAAAAUCAGUUCUGAAGAUUGACGUUUCGCUCUCUCAUCCAGAAGUUUUCUUCAAGAAUACAGAUGAGCACUAAAGUAACACAAACUAUUACCAGAUUUAGAAGCGAAAGUCAGCUGCGGGACCUAUACGAUUGUUGCAUGAAGCCUACAAAGAAACACGAUGACAUCCGUCACACUACCGUCAAGUUCGGGUACGUUGAAUGGAGGAUAUUCAUCGUCAGUGACGGAAAAGUUACCAACUACUCAACCAGAUUUUGAUGCAUUACGCACAAUAAAACGAUCCCUAUGUUUAACAUCUACAGAAUCAUGCAAAAAACGUCGGAAGCAGUCGACUCCUAUCAGAAUAUCUACAAGUGAAACAGAAAGUCAGAACGCUAACUCUCUUGAAGGUAAGCCCAUCGUGCCUUCCCCUGAACCCAAUCAUCGUUGUUCAAUUUGCCAACAGUCCUUUUCAUAUCCAGAGCAACUGCAAAAUCACAUCAUAUGCGAACAUCCUCUUUUAGAGUGCAAAAAGGAACCCGAAGAUCAUCCUACAACACCAUCUUCGGUUUCUUACGUGGAUCAAUCAGAAACACCAAUGGGCUUAUCCAUUAUGCGCUCUGAUAUACCGUGGGUAAAUGAGAUUCAAAACAAAGAGUGGAUUGGUUCCAACUUAUCAAACCUUUCUUUCAACCCAGCCAAUCCAAUGUUUAUGACGUUACCUCCAUAUUCACAUACAGAUAAUAUAUCCCUAAAACCCAUUCGGAUCUUUAAUCCAGAUGCUUACUGUGAUCUUUGCAACAAAGAAUUUUGUAAUAAAUAUUUUCUUAAAACACACAAAGCAAACAAACAUGGAAUUUACACGGAUAGCUCUUCAUCUGAACCUUUAUUAAACUCUGUAACUGUACCGUCAAUAACAAGUAACCUUAAGAUAUCUAAUCCCGUGCCAACUGUCGAACAACCUACAAUAACAAGCGAUUCGAAAACUCCUGCGAAUAUGAUUAAUGCAUUCAAUAAUAUUUUCCAAAAUCCAUUUUCAAAUCAAGCAAAUUUAUCAGAAAAUGAAAUUAACGAAAAUAUUGCUAUGUCGAAUGGAAUGUCUUCGUCAAGCGAAAGUGAUAAAAUUUUCUCAGACGAUCCGCACGCUGAAGAAAAUAGUAGUCCUUGUAUACAAACCGAAUCUACCUCAAUAAAAAAUGAUCCAGACGGAUUAUUUCAUGAUACAUCGAGUAAAUUAUCCUCAGAUCAAACUAAUCGUGAAUUAGACUUGUCAUAUCGUUUAAGGAAAAUUGGUGUUAUGAACCCUAAAGCAUUUUGUGAAAUAUGUUGUAAGGAAUAUUGUAAUAAAUAUUUUCUAAGAACUCACAAACUAAAACGGCACGGAAUAUACAUUCCAGACGACAAAGAUAAGGACAUUAGAAGUGAAUGUAUGUCAGGCUUUCCAUCAAGUAACGUGCAGACGAGUCCUUUAAAUCUCAUUAUGACAGAGCAAGGCAGUUCCGACAGCAAAAUAACAUCACCCACGAGUAUUGGUUGUGAUAUAUGUUGCAUUAAAUUUCAAAACGCUAGUCUUGCACAAUUGCAUAAUGUCAGCGUCCAUGCCAGAGUAUCUUCAAUAGAACCAGAAGAAUGCGACAGAUCGCAGCAGGAUAGUACCAAAAUAUCAGAAGGAAUCAAAUCUAAUGAGAAAUCGGUGAAUCCAGAAACUAUUAGUGAAGAUUUGCAAAAACUUCAAACAAUGAUUCUUCAGCUGAACGACAUCGAUACUGCUAAAGUAACCACGAACUGUGCUAUUUGUAACAAAGAAUUCGAAAACCGAUUUUAUCUUCAAGCGCAUAUGCUCUCAGAGCAUAGUAUGUUGAUGGACGAAGGAGAUUGUGAAAAAGCGGGUGAUACAGAAUUGCGCUCAACUAAUAAUGCAAUGUGCGAUAUCUGCGGUAAGGAAUUACUGAACGUCGAAGAAUUAUCAAGACAUAUAGUGGAAUCUCAUUCAAACCAUCAAGUGGCUGCAGAUUCUUCGAAAGAUGACAAUAGUGGAUUCACCGGUGGAGAUAAAUCGUCAAAUAGAUUGCAAGUUUCUAGUGGACAUAUCCCAGAACGGCGUGUUUCUAUGAACGUUACCCCCACCAGUAGCUACUGUGAAAUUUGCAACAAAGAAUUAUGUAAUAAAUAUUUCAUGAAAACACAUAUGCAAAGAAUGCACGGAAUCGAAAUAGAGAAUGGGGCACAAAUUGGAGGUGUCGUUUGUGACAUAUGCAACAAGGAAUUAUGUAGCAAAUACUUUUUACGUGUUCAUAAACAUAACACUCACGGUAUAAUUGAAUACGGAGGUAAUUUAUUGCCUCCAAGGAAAUCAGAUGGAGAAUCAUCAGUCUUGCCAUCACCUUCCACUCCACUAGAAACGGAUUCAACUCUAAAACCAACCGACUUAGCGGAUUUAAGUCACAGAUACUUCACUCAUUUUACCGAAGUCUGUACUAUAUGCAGUCGGAGAUUUAGAAGUACGAAAUGGUUGAAAGCUCAUUUAAUAACAGACCAUGGGCAAGUGGGGGCAGAAAAAUGGGCUGAAAUUGAAAUCCAGUUACAACAAAGAGGAAAAGUAUCGACAACGACAAAUUCAGAAGGAAAUUCGAACUUAAAAAUACCAAAUGGAAGUCAAGAUAUGCAACAACAGAAAGUAGGUGGCGUUCAAAAUUUUAUAUCCAGUUUAUUUGGUAUCGACGAGAGUAACUCUAAAAUGUAUCAAUGUUCCUAUUGCCCAUUCACCUCGCCUUUAUUGCCCUUGUUAUUUGUUCACGAAAGAUCACAUAUGAAUAUGGAAGGGUUUUCAUUUAAGUGUCCUAUAUGCCCACAAAAUUUUACUGAACGAAAAUUGCUGGAACGUCAUAUAUUAUCUAGACAUUCCUUCCUCUUACCCAAUACUGUCAAAGAGGAAGAUACUAUCACAAAAGAAAUGUCUAAAGAAAGUUCCGAGGACGAUGAUCCAAGUAGACAAGAAUUUGGUACAUCUAGUCAGGGACAACUAGCUAAGCUAUCAUCCCCUAUAAAAGUGCCCUCGGAUAUUGAGCAAUCUUUAAUGGAUGUGGCUAAAAGAAUGCAAUGGCCAGCUACUUAUGCUAUACCUCAAAGAAAAAAUCAAUCAGAACAGGACCAAGAUGAAGCAUCUUCACCUUCAGGGCCAGGGUACGUAAUGCAGGCAUUUUUAUUAGAAGAAUCAGCCUCCGAACGUCGGGUUAUGCCCUCUGUUGUUUUCUUACCUAUGCUACAAAAACAACCAGCCCCUAUCACUGUUACUUUUACACUAACCCCGGCCUAACACAUCCUCACAUGUAGUUUGCAUAUAUGUGUUAUAUUUUUUUAAGAAACAAUCGAUGGCGAUUCCACGACACCUGUGAUUUUUUUAAUUUUAAUUAUAAUUAUUGUAUAAUCCUAAUAUAUAGAUUUAUAAGCGAUUCCUAUAUUUGCAAGUUACCUCAUAUAUUAUGAGAAGGAACAUAUGAGCACAUAUUUUUAUGCAAAUACGGAAGACUGAGUGAAAUUUUUAUAUAGUCUGUUGAUUUUCACUUUAAUAUAUCGAGAUACUGAUGUUUUGUACGAUAAAGCUUUAGGUGAUGUUUAAAGAAGUUCCUAUUUUCUAUCUCGAUAUAAUAAUAUAAUUCACAAGUAUGUACGUAUUCAGUUGUUAGAUGUAGCUUGCUCAACAGUCAGUUAAAAUGUUCCGCGUACCUAGUCCACGUAACUCAGGGUUAGCUGAAAAGAGUACAAUCAGCCACUCGCGUCCCUAAACUGGCGACGCAUUCCUUUUCGAGUUCCUGACUAGUAGCAUAGGAUAAACAAUAUCAUUACAUUCCUUCAUUUUUACUUGGUUCAGUUAAUAUUUGCUCCUUAUAUAUUCAUUUCCAUUAUUAAUUAUAUUACCACCAGUAGUAGGUAAUUAGCCGUAUAAUGAAUAUUUCUCAAAACAAAUAAUCAACAGACUCAAAGACCUGACAUGCAAAUGUGCAGGUAAUCCGGAGGACAAACACAGCCACAACCAAUAUAGUUGUCAGUUUUCGAUUUGAUAGGAUAUUCAGGUUGUAAAAGGUUUCAGCCAGCUGAAAAGUAAGGAGGCUAUUUUUUUUAGAAAACAAUCUAUCUUCCGGGAUAUCAAUAUUGUACAAUUAUGACUAAGCUUUCACAGUUUCUAUGACUUCUUCAUUAUUUUUUUGUAGAUAUCGCCAAAGAAAGUUCAAUAAAUCAUUAGUAUUUUAAUUAACACGCCGAUCCGAGCACAUAGUAUUUCAGCCGGAGUGACAUCCUAUUUUGUUAUGACCAAAUUUCUUCAGCUUGGACUCCCACCAGGACACGGGAUCACAGUUUCAGACUUGACUGGCAUGAUUUUUAAGCGGUCUUGACUGUAUUUUAUCUUUCUUUUCAACUCAUUCUCUUGGUUUCAUAAGCGUUCUUAGUAAAUUGGGUUGUUGCUUACACUUCGAGAAUGACGAACGAAAUAUUUAUUUACCAUACUUCUUUGAAUAUCCAUUAUGAAAAUCAGUAUACUUUUUAAUGUUUCUAAAGAACUAAGAAUAUGCAGUUUGUUCUUUUGCCUUUUGCCAAAUCAGAGCGGAGGCCGUAUCACUUUGAUGCUUGAACCGAAUAUAUAUGUAUUAGAAUAAACUUACAUUGUUAUGGCAAGGAAAUUGCGAUCAAAUGUUUGUGAAUAUUUAAAACUAAACAUCCCAUCAAUCUAGAGCUAUGCAAGAAAUUUCUAGUCAUUGGCUUUGAGAUUAAAAAAUUCUAAAUCAAUCCAACAUCGAACCACACGAAAAUCUUUGAUAUAAAUUUCAGUAUAAAACUAACAUUUUCUGAUAUAACAAUAGUUGUAAUGUUUUUUUUUUCUGAAAUAAAAGCCGAACUUAAUUUAUUUACAUAAGAGCGAGGAAAAAUAAAUAGUGAUUUGCAAUUAGAAGCAAAACGUUUGAUUUUUGUAGAGAUAUCUGUGUAUAGAAAAUAUUUACAUUCCUAAAUUUGUAGAAACUAAAAAGUAUCUGGUUUAAUUAAAAAAUUAAAAUGAGUUUCUGACAAUAUUGAAAGCUUUGCUUUUUGGAAAAAAAAAUACUUUUAAUGAGCAUUUAAAUGAGGUACUGUUUGGCAUAUAUUUGAUAAUUGAAAAAUUGAAUUGAAAGACGGUUGUGAAUUGUUAAGGAGCAAGAAUUCUGAACCAAGUUAUUCACUUGUCCUUCCUUACACUUGCGACUUUUCCAUUUGAAAUAAUGGAUAUGAAUGACGGCGAUAUGCCUCACAGGAAUUCAGACACGUCGCCUCGAUUUUUGGGAAAUAUAUAAAGUUUUUUAUAGUUUAAAAGGCGACGCACUCGGCUCAUAAUUACUGUAAUCAAUAAUAUUAAUCUCACGACAACCUCUGUCAGAUAUAUUUUCAACUUAUAGUUUCCUGAAAUUAUUAUUAUAUCUUGGUAAUAAACUACACUGUUGCACAAAUUUUGAUGGAUUUUGUCGAGAUAUUAAUAAACCAUGUAUUUACAAAUCAGCAAUGGUGGUCAAUUUAAUUGAAGACGAUUUUAGAACAAAGUAAAUACUGAAAAAUUUACUGAUCAAUAGCUAUUAAUCAAAAAACCCUUCAAACUAGUCAUAUUUAAACUUGUAAUCUCGAGAAUCAUUAAUAUACUUUAUUAUUCAUCCAUAAGGAUGUAAUGGAAUAUUGAACGUAAUUUAUACAUUUAUUAAGUAUUUUAAGACUGUUUUUUCACAUUUGUAAACUAAAAGUAAAAAUUGAGAUAAUUGUAUAAGAUAAUUUAAAGUUCAAGUGAUGGGUGAGACAAUAUUACUUUUUCAGUGUUAAAAACAAUACAUACCCAAAAACUAUAUAUUAUAUAAUUUAUAAAUAUGGUUUUGACGAAAUCUCUAAACAUGAAGCCUACUUUUUCAGUGACUCUCAUUGAUUCUAUUGGUUACUAAUUCUUCAAAUUUAUAUUGAAUACGCCGAUUCACUUUAUUUUUAAUAUAUUCAAAGAAAUACAUAGAAAACAAAAAAGAGAUAUUACUAACUUUUUUUUCUUUUUUAAUAACAUCAUGUUUUAAUCCAGUUGUGUACAACUAGAAUAUUUUAUAACUAUAAUGCUCGUAUUUAAAUCGGUUCAAGCUAAACUUUUAUAUAAAACCAAAAAGAAUAGUAACUUUUUCUUCUUAAAAUUACACUCUUUGAAUCUGAGCAUUCCAAUAAUCAUAUUGCUUGUAUUUAAUCGAUUCUAGUUGUUUAUCUAGUCAAUUGUAUAUCAAAUUCUAGUCAGGAAAAUUCAGUAUAUUUAUAUUUUUUAUAUUCAUUAUAUAUGUAGGAUUAAAAACUGCUUUGAUCAAAAUAUACAUUUUCUUUGGAAAAACAAAAACGUACAAAUAGUAAAAAAUAGAAUUCAAAGGCGAUAUCUUAGAUAUGGCGGCAAAAAUACUGUAACUAAGACAAGAAAGGAAAACUCUUGUAGACCUAAUCACAGGUCACGCAGAAGUUAGUUUUUACAGAUAACAAUACAGGGAGGACCAUUGAUCAGUUUCUGUGGAGUAAGGAACAAUGUACAACCUCCGCAACCGUUAAACUCUUAUAAACACACAGAGGAAAGUUCUAGAAUUUGAAUUAGUGGCUUUCAAGCCAGCGGCGCCUGGAAGAUUCUUUAUUUCUUGAGUGCCUCCAGGGCGAACCUGGGGCUUGCAUAGGGAAUACUGAGGUAACUAGGAGCGAUAAAGGUCCCCAUUCUUAUAAUUGUGAAUAGGAGCUACAAAAAUGAAGUUUUCAUUAAAUGUCAAAAUUAUCAGUUACAUAUCAAUCCAAACAUGUAAGGAUUGUACAAUUACCCUCCAAUUAUAUGUAAUUUAUUCACAUUAUUAGAGUGUGCUAUUUAAGCAAAAAACGCUAUCGACACGGAAAAAACUUAUCGAUAUUUAUUAAUAACUAACGCAAGCUUCCAACUUUGCUUUUAUUAAUAGAUUAAUUCAUGUCAAUUUAUCACAUUCUCUUAUCUCUCAUGGUAUAAUUAGUCAAUAAUUCCUAAUUUCGUAGUCUUAAUUAUUUAUCCGGCUUUAGGCUUAUCGCGAAAUAGCACGAAAAGACCGUGAAAACGCGAAACGCGAUAAGUGUAAAGAGAUGUAUUUCGUCUUUUGAAAGCUUAAAGAGAGUUUUUGGCUUUUCGUUUCAUUUUUCGCAAAACAGCACGAAAAUAGUGUGAAACGCGAAUAAGUCUAAAGCCGGCUUUACUAAUAUUCUUAAGAUUCUUCUCUAGGUUUAAAUUCUAAAUGUGUAGAAUAAUACUAAAAAGAUAUUCUGAAGAAAAUAUUGAAUAUUUAUUGUUUUUGUCGUGCUCUGGUCCUCUCUAACAAUUUUACCCAAAAUUUACAUGCCAAUUCCCAAAAUUUAUGAUAUGCAAGUUUACGUCAAAGUAAUCAAAAAACAAAAAAUUAGAAAGUAAAAAACUAUGACAUCCGUUCUCGAAAUUAUUGUGUUUAUUUUUACAAAAUAUCUAAUAGGCUGUGACUAUAAUAGUCAAAAACUAUUAUGCAUCUACCUCGUUAUAAUAACUAAUUUUAUAGUUAAUAUUAAUAACUUUUUUUUGUAUCCUUGGCUCAAUACCAUAUUGCCAAAUGAUAAAGAUUAUUAUGACACUCUGCUAUUAAGCAAUUAUUUGCUAAUAUUAAAAAAUACUGAUUGACCACCAUUGUCCAUUACUUCCACAAUUCCAUAAUUUCCAAAAAAUAUUAUGAUAAUUUCAACAUUUCAACAUUUACGUCACUGUUAUCUUCUAUAUAUUUUUAAUAUGUUCUGUUAAUUUUACGUUUGUUUUUAAUGUAAAAUAAUUCCUAAGCUAAAAUUAUUAAUAUGUUUGUGUACACAAUACAUCAGAUUAAUCCAUGUAUUUAUAGGGUGGUCAUACAAUUUAUGUAAUAAAACAAUUUUUACGUUCGAAUAGUCUAAAAAUAAAAAUGAAGCUCAGUACAAUUGAAGUCGGAUUCUCCCUAGAUAUUAAUUAUCAAGCGCUGUCAGUAACUCAAGUCUCUAUCUUAAGAUCGAAUAAGAAUUUAAAUUUGCAUUAUAUGUUAUUGAAAUACUGUCCGCAAUUAUUUCACGCGUCUCAAACUAAAAACAUAAAUUAUUUGGUCACAAGUUUUUUCAAGACAUCCAAAAAUGACAUGGCUGUUAUCCAAUAGCUCCAGAAAAAUAUAUCAAAUUAUAUUUAUAUAUACAAGACCAUUUUUAUGUUGGAUGUAAAAUAAACCAGGGAAUGUUGAAAAUCAGUAACAUAUAAUUGAAAUUUGUAGUUUUCCAGAGAAUAAAUUUUUAAAAUAAACAGAAUGUUUAACAUUAGGAAUAUACAAAUAAAAUCUUAUCCUUAUCUGCCCUUAUCAAUAAUUUAAAUUAUUCUCUGUUUCUCAUAUAUGAAGGAGAAUUAUAUUUCAUAACAAGAAAUCAAUAUUUUUGCUGACGUGCAAAGAAAAUGAUGUCUCGGAGUCUUUUCUGAAAACUAAUUGUGUCGACAAAGAUUAUUCAGCAUUAUAUUUACUAAUUUAUUUCUAUAUUUAACAUGAAAAUAAUCGUCUGAAUCCAAACCUUUCCUGAACAUUUUCAAUUAAUGAAAAUCUUUUUUGGUAUAAGAUGAAACAAGUUAGUUCAUGUUUAUUUGUAUAAAUAAAUUAGAAAUCACACUAUGAUGAGAAAAUAUUGAGAAAACUACUAUGACUUAUUCAUAUAGUUCAAAGUUGACAAGUAAUUUGUAUCGAAUUUUUUUUAAAUAUCUGUUUUUUGUUAUAGAGAAAGUUGAAAGAAUCAUAACCAUCCAAAGGUGUUUCUGAUAUAUUGUGUAUACAUUGAGUAUAAACAGGUCAAAUUAUAUGAAUAAAAGCUUAAUUGAAUAUAUAAAAAUGGAAUGAAUUUUUUAUAAAGUAUACAAAUCUUCAUAAAUAUUUCAUGAAAGUAUUUAUGUGAUUGAAUAUAUUCGUUCAAUAUUGUAAAAGGCAGUAUUUUCACAUUGUACUUAAAACAAAAACCAAAUUAAUGUUUUAUGUAAUUCAUUGUUAAAGGUCGAGAAUUGAAAAAUGAAAAGUUUGACCUGUAAAUAUUUCAAUAAGAUGAUCUUUAAACAGUUUGGGCAAUUCAUCAAAAUAUUAAUCGAGAAAGUAAUAGACAACUUUAAUUAUAAUUAAGUUAUAUUUGAGUGAUAUUAAUAGAACAUAAACUGAAAAAGAUCUUAUGGGAAAAGUUUUUUUUUUAUUAUAGGAUAAAAUAUUUGAACUAAACUGUAAAUAUUCCUCAACAUUUAUAUUGAAAGUGACAUAUCUAUUGCAACAAAUCAGUGCACCUAUUGAGUUUAAUGGGGUGCACUGACCCUUUUCCUUUUACCUGUAUAUACUAUAAGAAGAACAGAUGGCAGGUAAAUAAAGCUAAACAAAACUUCAAUUGAAUUAAUAAACCAUAAUUAUUUUCUUUGAUGAAUGAUAUCAAUGUUUAUAUGUUAUUCAAAACUCAACUUCGGUCUUUUUAAAAAUAUCUCACAUUGCAUUAGCAACUCGGAUAUAUGGGUGAUUCCGUUCUAACUGUGAUUUUUUGUAUUCAAAAUUUCAAGAUUUUAAAAUUUAACUUUUCUAACUUUUUUAUGCAUAUUAUUCAUCUAUUUUACUGUAAAAAUAAAACUCUAAGAGGAAUUUACUACAACUUCAAAGUAUCACGAGCAAGACACAAAUGUCGGAUUUUGAGUUCCACGGUACUGACUCAUUUAUCCACGGUACUGACAUGGUAACUUAAGAUAUUAAACAACAAGUGCAUCAAUUUUCCUCAGUUUGAUCAUAAACAUUAGAAUUUAUAAGGUAAUUAGUUUAAAUCAUUUGUUACGACAAAAAAAAUUAAUAAUUUAUCGGUAAAUUCUAGGAAUGGACAUGACACGGUACUGACAUGGUAACUUAAGAUAUUAAACAACAAGUGCAUCAAUUUUCCUCAGUUUGAUCAUAAACAUUAGAAUUUAUAAGGUAAUUAGUUUAAAUCAUUUGUUACGACAAAAAAAAUUAAUAAUUUAUCGGUAAAUUCUAGGAAUGGACAUGACACGGUACUGACAU